AUGACCAAGUCAACAGUGUUUGAUCGUAAACGACACUUCAACAGUGAAGAACCAAUGGACGCGUGUGCGAAGCGGCCCUGUGCUUCGUUCGAGUCGCCCUUCCGGCCGGCCAGUUCUGGGAUGAAUGGGCAGGAGUUUAUGACAGUAAACUCCCCGCCGCUCCCCGAAAUUGUGCUCACCUUCUCGGAGAACCCGCACUUCCACGGGAAUCCGAAUUUGCCGCCCCAGGAUGAGAGCCACCUCCACGUCGAUCUUGGCGAUGCUGAAGGAGCCGAGAUUUGGGCUGAUAAUCCGAAUUUAUGCGACCGUGACUACAUCUUCCCCGACAACUACGACCUGCUCCAAGAAAUGGACGUCGACGGCUACACCGAGCAGGGCGACCAGAGCUGGAUCCACGAGGCCACCAAGGAGCUCAGCCUCAAAAUCAACCCCGAUUUGCUGGAUGUUUAUUGCAGCGAUUUG